AUGCGCACUGUUGAAGGUGGCAUCAAAGGUGUAAGGCCCUUCUGGCUGCCAGGUUCCUACAUGUACCAUGGUGAAGGGCGUGGUCCUUGUGGCGCAGGGUGUAAUGAAACGGACAUUGGUAACCUGGGGAGCUCUAGCUUAGGCCAAUGGAGGUGUUUGUCCGGCUGUGGGUCCACUCUGAAUUUAGCCGACCAUCAGUACGUUGUCACUGACAUUAGUGUAGAUGAAAACUGGGAGCAAGGAGCUGAUAGUUUCUCCUACACAUUUCCUGACCAGGGAAAGUACGUGGUGGGAUUCACUGGUGGUGAUUGGCGCAGUUUAGACUAUGGUUCCGGCGGGAGUUGGCGACUUCAAACCGCAGUCAACCUCGGCAAUAGAAGUGACUCCGGUCAUCCAAACAACAGUCCUGUAACUGCAAGUAAAGCCAUUUACAGGGCCAUGCUCGGCUGCAAAUUCCAGCUCCAGAUCCCUGUGCAAGAUUCAGACGGAGACGCAGUCCGCUGCCGCUGGGCGAAUGGCACAGACGAGUGUGCCAGCGUUUGUCACUCGUUACCGAACGCUACAUUAGAUGAGGAGACAUGUACCCUCACAAUUCCCAUGGUGUCCACGGCGAACAAUUACAGCGACGGAGGUUGGUAUGCUGUGGCGUUGACUGUCGAGGACUUUCCGCAGACGACAAUUGAACAGGGAGGCGUCAACAAAACGUCUGUAGACAGCUUGAGCUCUAUCCCCUUACAGUUUCUUAUCACCACCCCUGACCUUGGCAACUGUUCUGAUGUUCCGUCAAUUCUGCAGUGCGGUGUUGACUCCAAUGAAACUAUUUCCAUCGCUCAGAACGAGACAUUCAAUGGAAAAGUGUAUGCCGAGACCAAGCAUAUUUCUGCCCCCAUAACUAGUAUAAACCUGGUCUCUCCUGCUGGUUUGCUAAAAAGUGCCAUCGCACCGGACGACCUCGGUAGAGCGGCGGUCAAGUACCUUAACGUGACGUGGACGCCAUCUAGCGACCAGACUGGCGAGAACAUUUUGUGCUGUGAAGCAGUAGAUUCAGCCAGACGGUCCAGUUCAUCAAAAUGUAUCGCAUUAAGGGCAAAUGAUGAUGAUGAAUGUGUAAGCAACCCGUGUCAGAAUGGAGGAACCUGUAAUAACCUGUACAAUAGAUUUGAGUGCAAAUGUGCUGUUGGAACUACCGGUACAAGAUGUGAAACAGACAUCAAUGAGUGUAACAGCAAUCCCUGCCAGAAUGGGGGAACGUGUUUGGACAAAACUGGACACUACAAUUGCUCGUGCCCGGCCGGUUUUAAUGGUACCGAGUGUGAAAUAGACAUCGAUGAGUGUGCCAGCAACCCCUGUGAGAACGCAGGCACGUGUAUAAAUACAGAUGGACACUACAAUUGUUCGUGUUCAACUGGAUUUACAGGAGACAACUGUGAAAUGGACAUCAAUGAGUGUAUCAGCAAUCCCUGCCAGAAUGGGGGAACAUGUGUGGACGUGAGUGGACACUACAAUUGCUCGUGUCCAACCGGUUUUCAUGGCACAAACUGUGAAAUAGACAUUGAUGAGUGUGCCAGCAACCCCUGUGAGAACGCGGGCACGUGUAUAAAUACAGAUGGACACUACAACUGUUCGUGUCCAUAUGGAUUUACAGGAGACAACUGUGAAUCAGACAUCAAUGAGUGUAUCAGCAAUCCCUGUCAGAAUGGGGGAACGUGCUUGGACAUGAAUGAACAUUAUAAUUGCUCAUGCCCAGCCGGUUUUAAUGGAACCAGCUGUGAAAUAGACAUCAACGAGUGUAUCAGCAAUCCCUGCCAAAAUGGGGGAACGUGUGUGGACAUAAGUGGACACUUCGAUUGCUCGUGCCCAGCCGGUUUUAAUGGAACCAACUGUGAAAUAGACGUCAAUGAAUGUGCCAGCAACCCAUGUGAGAACGCGGGGAAUUGUAUAGACAAACCCGGGCAUUACAAUUGUUCGUGUUCUGCUGGCUUUAUGGGAGCCAACUGCGAAACAGACAUCGAUGAGUGUGCCAGCAAUCCCUGUGAGAACGCAGGCACGUGUAUGAAUACAGAUGGACAUUACAAUUGUUCGUGUUCAACUGGAUUUACAGGAGACAACUGUGAAAUAGACAUUAAUGAGUGUAUCAGCAAUCCCUGCCAGAAUGGGGGAACGUGUGUGGACAAAACUGGAUACUACGAUUGCUUGUGCCCAACCGGUUUUAAUGGAACCGAAUGUGAAGCGGCCAUUUCCAAUGACCAAGGCAAUUCACAACGUCAACAUUCUGGAAUCGCCAGUAUAACUGACACCAUUCCGCCAACGCUAGGACUUCUCGGACUCCUUGGGUUGCUAGGGUGUAUACCCUGGUUUUUUUUAAUCCCGUGGAUGCGUUAUCAUGCGAGAAGAAAGGUUGAGUCACUUGUUGAAGAUCAAGAAGAGCAGAAAACCCCAGGAACGAAGUACAUGUGCGUGAUGCCUGAAAAGGACAAAACAACCGCAAAGGAUGGAGUUGCUGUUAUGGUAGAGGAGGGUGCAUUUAUUUAUGUCUAGCUUACAAUCCGACGCACUUUUUAUGGCCAACUAUAUACAGACACUUAAAUAAUAUGCUGUCGUCCAGAAUAGGACGGUUGUUUCUUAGUUUUGCACAGAUUUACACUAAAGGCGGUUAUGCAUGGUGAUAUUGGUUGGCCAACUGGUAAAUUUGAAGAAAUGCAAUAAU